UCUAGGAGGAUAGAUGGUUGGCCUAUCACUUGACUCCCAACCUGGAGGACCCAUGGACUGCUUUUCAUCUGGUCCCCACCCUUUGACAUGUCCAGCUUGGGUGUCCCUCCCAGGAGUUACAGCUCUAACCAGCAUAACUCACAGGGUCUUUGGCGCGCACAAGCCUUCACACCACAUCAAAGUACUGUCUCCAGGGAAAUUUGGUUUUUCUAGAGCUGAUUGGAAAAGCUUCCCCCUCGGUGUCUGGAUUUGUACAACCAGACUGUGGAUGCCCUGGAAGUGAUGCUGGGAGCUCUCCUGUCAGAGAAGCCAAACCCAGCUGAGCUGCAGAACUUCUUGGAUAGCGUAGAUCAUGUGUAGUGUUGGCUGUUUCAGGGCAGUGGAAAGAAAAAUCAUUUUCAUUGAAAACAAGGGAAAGGAAAUUUGAUAUCACUUUUCAGGAGGCUCAUCCUGUUCUUCACAGCCAAGGACUCCCUUUGUCCUUCCUUCCAGUCACUGACAGCUAUGGCAAAGCUCUCCCUUUCCCCGUCCCUUUCCCAGAGGAGUGGGAGUGGAAGCACUUGGCCCCCUGGAUGACAGCAGAGAAAGCUCAUGAGCGAGCGAGGGCUGUGAGCACCAGUGUCUGCCUGUUACAAGCAGCAGCCGAGAGUCCUAAGUUCUGUAUGUCACACGAAUUCCCCAGGCUGAGGCUCCUGAUUGGACGGCUGGCCCUGCAUGUUGGUGACCCAGAGAAGGAGAUUGGCCGCCAGGCUAUGGAAUGCUUGUAUUUCCUCUACUCCCUCAUGUGGUGCCAAAAGGAACCUGAGAGGAAGAUGGGGUCUGUGACAGCAGUGCUACAUCAAAUGCCCAAAGAGAUCUUGGGUAUCUACGAGCCCACCAGGACUUGUGAGAACAUCUCUGAAAUUGUUAAGGUGCCAAAGAUUGUGGACAGGAGCCACUCCCAGCUCAGAGCCAUCCAUCAUUCCCAUGCCAGACAGGUAGUGAUGAUGGCCUUAUGCCUCCUGGCUCGUGCUUUCAUGGAAGAAGUGUCCACAGCCCUUCUAAAGUGUCCACUCCCGCUGGACAGAGAUGCAGCUGGGAUGUGGAGAACACUGGCCAACACAGAGGCAAUCUGUCACUCCCACAGACUUCUGGAUGUGCUGCUGAAGGAGCUUCAGGAGAGGCCAAGUACCUCUGAGGAUAGAGCCUUCAUCAUACCUCUAGCUGCAGCCAGCGCUCUGUGCGAGGUGUUAUCCGUAUCCAUGUGCACACGGACGGUGACACGCUUCUAUCCCCACCUCCUGAUGGCUCUGCUUGUUCAGGUGCACUAUACCAUUGGGCUCAGCCUGCCCGACAGCGGGGUGUCCAGGAAGGAGCUCAUCCCUGCAUGCUGUGUUGUGAAGACAGUGAAGACCCUUCUCCUAAAAAUGGGAUGCCACUACGAGUUCACCUCUGUUGAGAAGGAGGGAGGCUGGGCACUGCUCACUAGCUCUGAGGAGCACCAUCGCGGGGUAGGCCUGCUUGCAAGAGCCAUGGUCCACUAUUCUUGGAUCUUGUACCUUCUGGUCCCGUUCCUCGAACGAGGUGAUAAACAGCACAAGCUCACAGUGAUGGCCUUUUUCGUUGAGCUUCUCCAUAUGCCACAGGCAAAGCGGCUCCCAGAAAAAUAUUCCGUGCUCCGUCUGCUGAAAGGACUGACUGACCCAGAUCCAGUUAUCAGAGCACUGUGCGUCAAAGGACUGAUUACCAUGGCAGACUGGCCAGGGCAAGAGAUAAAGGUCCUGGUGCCAGCCAUGAUAAACAGCUUGUGUGGAGUGGACGGGAGGCUGGUUGUGGAGGCUCUUGCUGAUGUGAGGAAGAUUCUCAGAGGCCUGGAUGUAGCAAGUUAUGUUGGCUGCAUCACCAGUCCCCUUAGGCUCCUCUUUGAUGAUGAGAGAAUGAGUGUGCGUUCUGCUGCCAUUUCCUUGUUUGGAAAAAUGGUCAAGAAGGUGACGAAGAGUCAGGGGCUUAUGAAAGAGGAGGAUGUCUUGGACAGCUUGAUUCCAUUACUUCUGCACCUGCAAGAGGACAACCCUGACAUGGCUGAGGUGAAGAAACAUCAGGAAAAUGUCCAGAGGUUCUUGUUCUAA